GUGUUUGCAUUCAGACUGUGACUUCACCAAGUACGUGCAGUGUGUGCUUGUGGUUAUGGCGUUUAAUCUACGCUGUUGCUAAUAUUGUGGCAGUGGAAGUGUUAAGCAGUCAGCAGUUUGAACGUAAAGUUCAAUUUACAUUCAAACAACAUAGCAGUGUUUUCCGCAUCCCAUUGCCUCUAACAUGGCGGGAACAACGGGAUCCUGGAGGAUAUGAAAUGACGAAACGUUUUGAAGACCUGACUUGCGUAUAAAGACAGUUAAUUGACUACGUCAAGGUAUACAUUUACCGUCAAUAGAUGUUACGCGUCGCAGCCUACAGAGGCAUAUAAGUGUAAUGCUUUUGACAUUUUAGAACGCAGUUGGUUGUGUCAGUGGCCAUCAGUUCUUAGAAGGGAAGGAAAUCUGCAUUUGUUGGAAAGUAAGAAAAGGGUAGUGGUACAUGUUACAAAAUGAGCUCACCCUCUCGCCAAGACUCUGAUGGUGCCGACAGCGAUGACACAGGGGAGGUUACACCAGGCCUUUAUUACUCCACGGGCGAUUCAGGAAGUGAUGUUGCCAAGGAGGAGGAGGAGGAAGAGCAGGAGACGGUUCGUAUCAGCAACGAUUUCCUUCCUCCUUUGGAGGCUAUAUAUCACAGAAACAACCACCACAAAACGGAAACACGUGAAGACACAGAUGUUACUCAUCAAAACGACGAUGGACAAACGAAUAUGUCUCCAUCGCCUCUGCAGGGAGCUGUGGCACUGACACAAGGCGAAACGCAAGACUUGACGCAUGCUAUAGCAGAAACAUUCAGCAACGCCAUGUCAUCAGUGAAUACCGAACAGCGAGUAACAAAUAUACUAAUCAACAACCCACAGCUCAACUUGACAAAGAAGACUGAGGUGGCCAAUCUUACCGCACACAAUGUAUCUAUGGGUGGUCAACAGGUGAUCCAGCCAUCAACAUCCAGUGACGGUGCUGAAAGCCAGCAGAAGACACAGAACAGACCAACAAAAACCCCAAAAGACUCCAAAAUACAGAGGAUAACAGAUGCGACAGUUUCAGAAAUCAAUACUUGGACAUCUGGUAUGAUCAAAAUACAGUUCGUUGAUGACAUCGUGAAGAAGAUUGACGCUGGACAAAAUGGAUCACAGUCACCGGAAAUGGUGGUGAUGGGAAGACAACUGUGGCCUACAUGGUGCUUGAGGAGAUGA